GCUCAAACCGAAACCGGCGGUUUCGGUUGCCGGUUACCCGAGGUUACCUUCGGUGUCGGCUUCGGUUGAGGGAAAUGGGUUGGUUUCGGUCUCGGCUAACCGACGGUGCGGUUCGGUUAAACCGAAACCGCACCGACUAAUAGCCCUAGAUAUGGGUAAAUUCAAGAAGUUUCAGCUUAUUAUUCGGUGGAAUGGAAGGGUGACAAACUCUGACAUAGGGAUUGAUUAUAAGGACGGUGAAUCCAUUAUGCUGAAAAUUGAGUCACGAUUCAGUUUUCAAGAACUCUGUGAUAUUUGCGCAGACAGGGUUUGUACGAGCAGACAGACGAGACUUGGUAAAAUUAGUUACCGGUAUCCAGACAUGAGUGCUGGCGGGGUUGUGUACCAAGAAGUUGUCAUAAACGAUGAUGACGCAGAUACGAUGAUGUUACAGUUCCUAAGCGAUAACGGGAUGCGGCUUGCAGAGGUGUAUGUUGAGACCGAGGCGGUCGGUGAAACUCAUUCUCACCAGUAUUCUUAUGAUGAUGGUUUUGCAGGAGGGUGCGGAUGGGGUGGUAGUUCGAGCAACUACGAAGGAGGUAGUUAUACAGGAGGUUACGGAGAGGGUGGUGUUCAAGCAACUACGGUGGAGGAAGUAGUGCAGGAUGGGUGCCAUCAAAAGAAUACUCGCAACGGGAACAUCCUACUGAUGGCGUUCAAUGGCCUGCUUGGGGUCCAGAGUGGGCUGAAAUCGAGAAUACCAUUCAAUCACGGCGUACUUCACAUGAGCGAGAAGACGAUGUUAGUGAUGGUGGUCAUGUUGAUCCUUCUGGCCCGAGCUAUCCAUUCGACUCGAGCGACGAUGAUACUGAGGAAGAUUUGAGAUAAGUAAGCGAGGAGGAAGAUACUGAUGAUACCGACGACGAGGCGGCAUUUCGUGAGGCAGCGACGCCAUACUACACACAGGUUCCAACUCAAUUUUUACAUAGGUAGAAUGAUGCCCCCGACUUUGUCCCUAUGCCAGUGUAUAAUCCGACGGCCAAUUUGGAGGUGGGUAUGACGUUCACAUCGAAGGACGAUGUGCAGGAUGCUUUUAUCGAAGAGGCCUUGAGUCGCAAUUUCAAGUGGAAGGUAAAAUAUUCUGACAGUAAACAACUACAUAUCAUAUGCAAGAAUGAUGCAGAGGGUUGUACGUGGCAACUGCGGGCUGCAAAUAUGAAGAGAAAUGGUGCAUGUGUGAUUCGAAAAGCUGAGACCAACCACACUUGCUCCUCGUCCAUACUUUCCCUGCAAAUAAUUAGACUAUGAGGGAGAUUAGGAUGACUUACCAACGAACCCAUCACAACACCUUGAUUUGACACCCAUCUAAGCGUAAACUUCCGAUACCACUUCAUGUACCUAUCGUGGUAACCCAUAGGUCUUGUCUCCGGCAUCCCUUGGACCACCCAAUUCCCUCUAUUCUCCCAAAUGUUGAUGUAGAACUGAUGCUUUAGAAGCCAAUUCUUUGUCGUGUAUCGGAGGUCGAUGGCAUGGAGCUCCCUGAAACCUUGAGGCGGGGUUUGUGGAAUUGGUUGCUCCAAUCGAUAUUGCCUCAAGGAUCGAUCGGGUAGGUGCCACUCCACGAUGUUCCAGCAAAUCAAUGGCACCUUGCACAACCACGACUCGUGAUCCUAUGGGUGUCUCAGAUUAGGGGUGGGCAUCGGUUCGGUUCGGUCGAAACCGAACCGAAAAGAUGGAUACCGGGUCGGCUGCUUCCUCAAAUGGCCAGACCGAACUCGAACCGGAAUAUAAUUCGGUUCGGUUCGACCGAACCGAAUUAUAGACCGGUUCGGUUCGGUUCGGUGGUCAACCCGAAAAGGACCUGCUGUAUGUUUGGGAAUGACCUGCUGCCUCAUUUUUUUAGAGGAACUGCUGCCUCUUUUUUUUAUGGCAGCUGCUGCCUCAUUUUUUUAGAGGAACUUGAGACAACAAAUAAGCACACAAAGUCUCAAACAUCAAUUGUCAACCAUUCUAAAAUUCAAGACAAGUACAAAUACCAAAAUCCACCAUUCAAACAUCAAAGUCUACCAUAUGAAAAGAUAAAUUACAUCAUACUUA